UGUUGAGAUCCCGUCGGGGGCGGUACAUACUCGAAUAUCAGUAACUCAAGUUUCGUGCUUUAACAUCGUGUGUUGUGUGAGAAAACUUUUGGUGUUACUAUUUAUACUGUUUUGCUCUUGCUGUUGUUCGCUGUUAUCUAUAAAACGAUACCCUGCCUUGAAUCACCUACAACCUGUAAGACCGACGUGAUAUAAAUGUGGCUCAGCGACCUGAAUGAUCUUGACAUCGACAGCUCCACCUAUUAAAUUGUUAGCAUGGUGGUGGUGCUGAACGGCGUGCUUGCGGACGAGUGUCCGACGUCCGUGCGCGCGCUUCUAGCCAGCCACCCCGGCUACAGAGACGCAGCCGCGCAACUGCUGGCCGCGGCGGCACGCGUUGUACCGCCGCAAGGGCUACUGUACGUGGGCCAGCGAGAAUUGGCCGCUGUGGUGCCGCACGACAAAAACGUGAGCAUCAUUGGUUCAGAUGACGCGACAUCAUGUAUUAUUGUAGUUGUCAGACAUUCAGGGUCUGGAGCGGUCGCGUUAUCCCAUCUCGAUGGCUCGGGGAUGGCAGAGGCGGCAGCUGCUAUGGUAGCUCGAGUCCAGCAACUGGCGGUGGGAUAUCCUGAAGGAAGGCUGGAGCUGCAACUGGUUGGCGGGUUCACUGACCCCCACCGCUACUCAGACGAGCUGUUUGCGAAUAUUAUGUUGGCAUUCCACCGUCUCAGCGUCGAGAUCGACCUCCUGCUCGCAUGCUGCUGCGAGCUGAACACCGCGUUAGGAGGGGGAUCUCCCGCCCCCCUCGUGACCGGGGCCGGCGUGGACGUGCGCUCGGGCUCCCUGUUCCCUGCCACGUUCCCCGACAAGGGGCCGGAGACCCCGCUGCGGGGCGCGCGCGUCAUCACGGGCGGUCCGCAUACGGCGCAGGUGCUGGAUAUAUACGAUAACGCCGUCGGCAUGCUUCGCAUCGGGCCAUUCAACUACGACCCUUUACGUGGCGUCGAUCUGUGGCUUGAGCAAUCCGACGACUUCAUACUGCAGCACUUAAGCACCACGCCCGCCGUAGAACCGCCCCACUUCGUGCACAAUAUACGAGUGACGCUGAAGUUCAUCCAGCAACAUCCGUUCCCGGCGGUGACGGUGUUCCCAGAUAACCGACCUCACUACUAUCGCCGCGACGAACAUUCCGGAUGCUGGGCGCCCGUACGUUUCUAACUUCACACGAGUUAUGUCCAAAUAUAUUAAUUUUCGAAUCCACAUCGACUAUGUUUCUUUAAAUUUAAUGAUAUUAAAGUCAUUUCUAAUCGAAGACUAACGCACGCGGUAAAAAAGUUUUUUUUUCUAUAAAUUACCGUUUUGAGUUUAAACAUCCG